GAAAGGGGCUGCCGCGCGGCCGUAAAGAGUUUGUAGAGGCAGUUCGGGUGCGGUACGUUGCUUUCCGGUACCGGACGCCGAGAGCGGUCUGUCUCCGUCUCUGGAGUUGUAGGCGAGAGGUGAUCAUGUCCGGUCGCGGAAAACAGGGCGGCAAAGUGCGAGCAAAGGCCAAAUCCCGCUCCUCCCGCGCCGGCCUGCAGUUCCCGGUGGGCCGAGUGCACAGACUGCUGCGCAAAGGGAACUACGCGGAGCGAGUGGGCGCCGGGGCGCCGGUGUACCUGGCGGCGGUGUUGGAGUACCUUACGGCGGAGAUCCUGGAGCUGGCUGGCAACGCCGCGCGUGACAACAAGAAGACCAGGAUAAUUCCCCGCCACCUGCAGCUCGCCAUCCGCAACGACGAGGAGUUAAACAAGCUGCUGGGCAAAGUGACCAUCGCUCAGGGCGGCGUCCUGCCCAACAUCCAGGCCGUGCUGCUGCCCAAGAAGACGGAGAUUUGUGAGCACUCAGGACCAAGUUCUGGGAAGAGACCGUCGGAUCGAGCUGAGCUCGGGGCAGGAAGUGUCUGCGGCCAUAUUUUUCAAAAAGUGGAGUAA